AUGGCUGGCGCGGACGAAACGCUCGCGGCCGCUGCUGCCAUCCUACAAAGUCUUGCCAGAGAUACCCCUCGCUCCGGUUCCUCUCCCCCGUUCGACUUCCAGUUCCCCCAACCUUCCGCAAAUGGCUACGACACGAAACCAUCCAAACUACCAGGAGACCCUAGUCCAGCCAAGGCCGCCUUUGAGAAUGAGUUGGAGGCGUUAAUCCGUCGGGUUCAUCAUCUGGAAUUCCAAUCUGUCAGUCACCAGACACCCCCUGGAGUUUUUCCUGAAAUAUCUGUGUCUUCCCUCGACCAAAAUGGGAAGGAGCCUGAUUUCCUGUGGUCGUUUGGUCUUUCUCGCUCGUCGUCCCGGAAAGGUUCUAACUCUUGCAUCUUACAGCAGCAAAAUUCUCAUCAGCAACAACCACCACUACCACCCCAACCAACAAGGCGACCGGCCCCCGGAACCCGAGACCGUGAUGUGGAGAUUGAAUACGAGGAAUCCGAUGACGAGGAAGACUCGGAGUCGAGGACCCGAUUGGUGCGUGAAGAGGACAUCAGCUACCUACGGAACCAUGUCCAGAAACAGGCGGAGGAAAUCAGUUUCCAGAAGGAUAUCAUCGCCCAAGUCCGUGAUGAGCUGCAACAACAGGAGGAGCAGACCCGCCGGGCUCUGACCAAAGUCGAGAACGAAGAUGUCGUUCUGCUGGAGCGAGAACUGCGCAAACACCAGCAAGCCAACGAAGCUUUCCAGAAGGCCUUACGGGAAAUCGGCGGCAUCAUCACGCAAGUAGCCAACGGUGACUUGUCGAUGAAGGUGCAAAUCCACCCCCUGGAGAUGGACCCGGAAAUCGCCACUUUCAAACGGACAAUCAAUACCAUGAUGGACCAGCUACAGGUUUUCGGUAGCGAGGUGUCUCGAGUAGCGCGAGAAGUCGGUACGGAGGGUAUUCUUGGCGGCCAAGCUCAGAUCACUGGUGUACACGGUAUCUGGAAGGAACUUACGGAAAACGUCAACAUCAUGGCCAAGAAUCUCACGGACCAAGUGCGUGAAAUUGCUGCCGUCACUACCGCCGUCGCCCACGGAGACCUGAGUCAGAAGAUCGAAAGUCGAGCCCAGGGUGAAAUCUUGGAACUUCAGCAGACCAUUAAUACCAUGGUGGAUCAACUUCGGACAUUUGCGACAGAGGUUACUCGUGUGGCCCGUGAUGUCGGUACGGAAGGUGUUUUGGGUGGACAGGCUCAGAUCGAAGGUGUUCAAGGAAUGUGGAACGAACUCACAGUCAAUGUCAACGCUAUGGCGAAUAAUUUAACAACACAAGUGCGAGAUAUUGCCACGGUCACCAAGGCCGUGGCCAAGGGUGACCUUACCCAGAAAGUCCAGGCCAACUGCAAGGGAGAAAUCGCGGAGCUGAAGAAUAUCAUCAAUUCCAUGGUGGACCAACUGCGUCAGUUCGCUCAAGAGGUGACGAAAAUUGCCAAGGAGGUCGGCACGGAUGGUGUUCUCGGUGGCCAAGCGACGGUGAACGACGUGGAAGGCACCUGGAAGGACUUGACCGAGAAUGUCAACCGGAUGGCCAACAAUCUCACCACCCAGGUCAGAGAAAUUGCCGAUGUCACCACCGCGGUCGCGAAGGGUGAUCUGACCAAGAAGGUCACCGCCAAUGUCCAAGGCGAAAUACUGGAUUUGAAGAGUACGAUCAACGGCAUGGUGGACCGACUAAAUACGUUCGCCUUCGAAGUUAGCAAGGUCGCUCGUGAGGUCGGAACAGACGGUACGCUAGGUGGCCAGGCCAAGGUUGACAACGUGGAGGGCAAAUGGAAGGAUUUGACCGAUAACGUCAACACUAUGGCCCAGAAUUUGACCUCUCAGGUCCGAAGUAUCUCGGAUGUGACGCAAGCUAUUGCCAAGGGUGAUCUAAGCAAAAAGAUUGAGGUCCACGCCCAGGGAGAGAUCUUGACCCUCAAGGUCACGAUCAAUCACAUGGUGGACCGACUCGCGAAGUUUGCGACCGAACUCAAGAAGGUCGCCCGUGAUGUCGGAGUCGACGGCAAGAUGGGUGGUCAAGCGAACGUCGAAGGUAUCGCCGGAACAUGGAAGGAGAUCACGGAGGACGUCAACACGAUGGCCGAGAACUUGACGUCUCAGGUGCGAGCGUUCGGUGAAAUUACUGACGCGGCAACGGACGGCGAUUUCACGAAGCUGAUUACCGUCAACGCAUCCGGAGAGAUGGACGAGUUGAAACGGAAGAUCAAUAAAAUGGUGUCGAACCUCCGAGACAGUAUUCAACGAAACACUGCUGCCAGGGAGGCCGCCGAGUUGGCCAAUCGCACCAAAUCCGAAUUCCUGGCCAACAUGAGUCACGAAAUCCGGACGCCUAUGAACGGUAUCAUUGGCAUGACACAGUUGACAUUGGACACGGACGACCUGAAGCCCUACACUCGGGAGAUGUUGAACGUGGUGCACAACCUUGCCAACAGUUUAUUAACCAUCAUCGACGACAUCCUUGAUAUUUCGAAGAUCGAGGCCAACCGGAUGGUCAUCGAAAGCAUCCCGUUCACGGUCAGGGGUACUGUCUUCAACGCGCUGAAGACCUUGGCAGUGAAGGCAAAUGAAAAGUUCCUUAGCUUGACCUACCAGGUCGACAACACUGUACCGGACUAUGUCAUUGGUGAUCCUUUCCGUCUUCGCCAGAUCAUCCUCAACCUGGUCGGCAACGCCAUCAAGUUUACCGAGCACGGAGAAGUCAAGCUCACGAUCUGCAAGUCGGACCGAGAGCAGUGCGCAGCGAAUGAAUAUGCCUUUGAAUUCUCCGUUUCGGAUACAGGUAUCGGUAUUGAGGAGGAUAAACUCGAUCUCAUCUUCGACACCUUCCAGCAAGCCGACGGCUCGACCACGCGGAGGUUCGGUGGAACCGGUUUGGGUCUGUCCAUUUCCAAACGUUUGGUGAACUUGAUGGGUGGUGAUGUUUGGGUGACUUCCGAGUAUGGACAUGGCAGUACCUUCCACUUCACUUGUGUGGUGAAACUUGCCGACCAGUCCCUGAGUGUCAUCGCAUCCCAGCUAAUGCCGUACAAAAACCAUCGUGUUCUCUUCAUCGACAAGGGAGAGAACGGCGGUCAGGCUGAGAAUGUCAUGAAGAUGCUCAAGCAGAUCGAUCUGGAGCCGUUGGUCGUACGGAACGAGGACCAUGUCCCUCCGCCCGAGAUUCAAGAUCCGUCAGGCAAGGAAUCUGGCCACGCAUACGACGUGAUCAUCGUGGACUCCGUGGGCACAGCACGGCUGCUUCGGACAUUUGAUGAUUUUAAAUACGUUCCCAUCGUCCUAGUCUGCCCGUUGGUUUGUGUGAGCUUGAAGUCUGCUUUGGAUCUCGGAAUCAGCUCCUACAUGACCACGCCGUGCCAGCCCAUUGACCUCGGUAAUGGCAUGCUUCCGGCACUCGAAGGACGCUCGACGCCAAUCACCACCGACCAUUCUCGAUCAUUUGACAUCCUACUUGCAGAAGACAACGAUGUCAACCAGAAACUGGCGGUGAAGAUCCUAGAAAAACACAACCACAACGUUUCGGUCGUCAGUAACGGUCUGGAAGCCGUCGAAGCCGUUAAGCAACGUCGAUAUGAUGUGAUUUUGAUGGACGUUCAGAUGCCCGUCAUGGGUGGUUUUGAAGCCACCGGCAAGAUUCGAGAAUAUGAGAGGGAGUCAGGAUCGAGCCGAACGCCCAUCAUUGCACUCACAGCACAUGCUAUGUUAGGCGAUCGAGAAAAGUGCAUCCAGGCCCAGAUGGACGAAUAUCUAUCAAAACCAUUGAAGCAGAACCAAAUGAUGCAGACGAUUCUCAAAUGCGCCACUCUGGGCGGGUCAUUAUUAGAGAAGAGCAAGGAGUCGCGAAUUUCGAGCAGUGGCGAAAUGCAUCCCGUUCAUCACACGAGCUCCGAUAACAGCAAAAGCCCGCGCCCUACCGUGGAACCUAGGUCAAUGACUGCAACCAGCGCCGUGAAUCGAAGCAGUCUUGCGAGUCCCACUACCGAGAAAGCCGACGAACUUGCCGUGGAAAGGGCACUGUUGCGAUCCAACAGCUCGUGA